AUGGCCGAGACAGAAACCGAUAAAAACAAUAUUGUUAGGCCUGAAAGAAAUAAUAGGAAUUUAACAUCAAAUAAUGGCCCCCGGCGUGUUACAAUAUAUAAAACAGAAACAGGUUUUGGUUUUAACGUGCGCGGUCAAGUUUCUGAGGGUGGGCAGCUGAGGUCUAUUAAUGGGGAGUUGUAUGCACCUCUUCAGCAUGUUAGCGCUGUAUUGGAGCAGGGUGCGGCAGAACAAGCUGGCAUUCGGAAAGGAGAUCGAAUACUUGAAGUAAAUGGCGUAAACGUGGAAGGUGCAACUCACAAACAAGUGGUGGAUCUCAUCAAGUCUGGAGGAGACUGUUUGACUCUUACUGUUAUUUCUGUUACUCCAAAGGAAGCAGAAAGACUCGAGCCAUGCGACGACGGCUCAGCCCCAGUAGGUGUAAUAGGAGGGGCCGCGAACUCACGCGCUACUGUCUACCAACGUUACGACUAUACCGACAAACGAUCCCUACCGGUAUCAAUCCCAGACUACCGGAUAAUUAUGGAAAGAAACACGGGGCGAUCCUAUGUCGCGUUUAACGUACAUAUGGCUGGUAGGCACCUGUGUAGUCGACGGUAUCGAGAAUUUGCUGCCCUACAUCAAGUACUGAGGAAGGAGUUUGUUGGCUUCAAUUUCCCAAAGCUACCAGGCAAAUGGCCUUUCACACUGAGUGAACAGCAACUAGAUGGGAGGAGGAGAGGCCUGGAACAGUAUUUAGAAAAAGUGUGUGCAGUCCGAGUGAUAGCUGAAUCGGAUGCGGUACAAGAGUUCCUUACAGAUUCAGAUGAUAGUUCAAAUCCAUCUCCAGUAGACCUGAAGGUGCUCCUACCGGACAGAGAAGUGGUCACCGUGGCUGUCCUCAAGUCAACCAACGCUGAUGAUGUGUACCGAGCUGUAUGUGAUAAGAUCGGACUCUCUAAACAAGUGCAGAAAUAUUUCUACCUGUUUGAGAUAGUCGAGUAUAAUUUUGAGCGCAAACUGCAACCGAACGAAUGUCCCCACUCUCUGUAUAUUCAGAACUAUUCUACCGCGUCUUCGUCAUGCCUAUCAUUACGCAAGUGGCUCUUCAACCCUCACACGGAACUGUCCGUCAUUUCUGAGGACACUAAGGCAGCAGAAUUUAUAUUUUGGCAGGCAGUGGAAGACGUGAAUCGCGGCGUGUGCGUAGCAGGUGCGCGUUUGUAUCAACUUAAGGCUCUGCAGGAAGUUCGUCGCGCUGCUGACUAUUUAGCACUGGCGCGUACGCUUCCCGGAUACUCGCAUAUCGCCUUCCCGCCCGCGCAUACGGACACGCACGCGGCUCUUGCUUUGACACUCGGGUGGUCAGGUAUGAAGCUGUCAGCGUUUUUCGAAAGUGGGUCUGUGGAACAAGAAGGCUCAAGUGUAGAAAUAGGGUGGAAUGAGGUCCGAUCCUGGCGCGCUGACGACGAGGCAGCGGCUGCUACUGUUGUCUAUGGACGGAGGAGGCCACUCAUAUUACACACGCCAUAUUAUCAAUUCUUGUGCAACUGUAUGGACAGAAUAGCGGAGGAGGCAAAAUGGGUGGACACAGGCGAAUAA